GUUCAACCACUGGUUUGAUGGUAUGGCUCUCCUGCACCAGUUCCAGAUAUCCAAUGGGCAGGUGACCUACAAAAGCCGCUUCCUGUCCAGUGACAGCUACCAAUCCAAUAAGGAGUACAACCGCAUUACUGUAUCUGAGUUUGGGACUGUCACCAUGCCAGACCCCUGUAAAAACGUCUUCCAGCGCUUUCUGUCAAGAUUUGAACUACCAAGUGAGUAUUUUCCCACAGAUAAUGCCAAUGUGAGCUUUGUGACCUACAAAGGUGAUUACUAUGUCAGCACAGAAACUAAUGUUAUGCACAUGGUGGAUCCUGAGACACUGGAGUCAAUUAAAAAGGUGGACUGGAGCAAAUUCAUUGCUGUGAAUGGAGCGACUGCACACCCCCACACCGACCCUGAUGGAACGGCAUACAACAUGGGGAAUUCCUACACCAGCAAAGGAGCGUUCUACAACAUCAUCCGAGUGCCCCCAACCAAGGAAACAGAAGGGGAGACCUUGGAGGGAGCCACAGUGCUGUGCUCGAUUCCUUCAGUGGACAAAACCAAACCCUCCUACUACCACAGCUUUGCAAUGUCUGAGAACUACGUGGUGUUCAUUGAACAACCCAUCAAGAUGAACCUGUUGAAGAUUGUCACAGGCAAGCUGACAGGAAAAAGCAUCAGGGAUGCCUUUUCCUGGGACCCCAACCUCAACACUGUCUUCCACCUGAUUCACAAACAAACUGGGAAGGUAAGCAACAUCAAGUAUGUUGCCAAGCCACUGUCAACCUUCCACCAGAUUAAUGCCUAUGAGGAGGAUGGCUUCUUGAUAAUGGAUAUGUGUGCUUCAGAUGAUGGCCAGGCAAUUGAGGCCUAUAACAUCCAGAAUUUGCGCAAGUCUGGAGAAGCCCUUGAUGAUGUGUAUAACACUCUGUGUCGAGUGUUCCCCCGUCGCUUCGUGCUGCCUCUCAGUGUGGACAGUGAUGCGCCCUACGGCCAGAACUUGAUUGACCGGCCCAGCAGCACAGCCACGUCUGUAAGAACGGGCAAAAACAAGGUGUUCUGUACUCAUGAAGACCUCCACGGGGAAGAUCUCCAUCAAUAUGGAGGUCUGGAGUUCCCUCAGAUCAACUAUGGCAAGUACAACACCCGUCCCUACCGCUACUUCUACGGCUGUGGCUUCAGACACCUUGUCGGGGACACUCUGAUCAAGAUGGACCUCCAGGGCAAACACAUGAAGGUGUGGGAUCAUCCUGGUCUGUAUCCCUCUGAACCAAUCUUCAUUCCCUCUCCUAAUGCUACAGAGGAGGACGAUGGUGUUAUCUUGUCUGUGGUCAUCACUCCAAAUAAGGACAAGAGUACAUUCCUUCUGGUUUUAGAUGCCAAGACGUUUGAGGAGCUGGGCAGGGCUGAGGUACCUGUCAACAUUCCCUACGGUUUCCACGGGGCAUUCAGUUCUGCUGCAUAGAUGUGUGAAGAGGCAAAGAAUGACCUGAGAUAAACAGACCUGCACUAAAUAUCAUUGUGACAUUCUGUUUGUCUCAUCCUACAUGCUGAUUUCGAGAUCACCACAAAAAUGUGUUGUACUAUUAGAAACACUGGAAACCUGUUCUAAAUACUGUUGUAAGUCUAUACUUAAUGCUAAAUAUUUCCUUUUAUGUAUAUUUCACUCUAUGUUAAGGGCUGUGGGUGGUUGAACUCGUGGGUGUGUGCGGCUAAAUCAAGGAAAGUUCUCUUUUUUUGCAUCUUUUAUGCUGUCUGAGUGCAUAAUAAAAGUUGUUACACAGCCGAUUGUGGGCAAGUUCAGCAAAGAGAUUUUAUGGCAUCUUAUUCUGUAAGAGUGUGAAACUGAUAAGUAAAUGCAUGCCAGGACACUUUUUUUGUUGGAGAAAGCUACAUGUAAUUUACUCACAGUAACCUUGUACAAAUAUAUAUUUGACUUUAUUUUCUGAAGAAUGUACAAGCUGAUGAUGUCACUCGAAUGUGGCUGCCAAUUUUCUUUGCAUCGCUUUAAUGCCUCGUAAAUACAUUAGUGACCAUGACAAGGAAGACUGUAGUGCAGCAAAGAUCUCUCUGAACACAUUGUAUUUUUCUGUAUUCAUUGGUUUUGAAUAGUGUAGGUGAAUUUCUCCUGUACUUCUCUUCUUUUGGUGUGUAUGAGGAGAGGCCAUUUUUUUUAAUAAACUUUCUUCUAGCAUUUAAAAAAUGGCAUUUAGUCAGUUAUGUUUAUGUCAUAUCACAAAAUAUAAGCCUAGGAUGAAUAAUCAUUUGUGAAAUUGUGGUUAUUUCUGUAGAGAUUUCAAGCAGAAUGAAUAAAAUUCUGUACAUACUGUACUUCAAACACAAACGUAUUACAAUUAACAUGUUUCAUCAAUCAUCACACAGCACACAUUGUAAGAAUACUAACUGCAGAACGGUUACAUGCAGUACACAAGGCUAUUCAUGAAACUAAAAUAUAUAUGUCAGCUACAUCACAAAAGCUACAAGC